AUGGGGAUCAAUUGUCUUUUCCCCUAUUUGAAGACCUAUUCAAAGGAAGUCAACAUAGCUGCAGUAGAUGCAUCGUGCUGGAUACACAAAGGUUCAGCAAUAUUGGUAUCACAGACAGGAAAACGAGAAAGGUAAACAAUAGUUUUGUAUUUACAGUAAUAUUUUUGCACUGGAAAUUCUCUUCGUCAUCGAGACUGAUCAGUUCUAUUUAUCUAGGUUUUCCCAAACAUUUAAAAGGUACCUACUACUACUGAUCGAUUCGAAGAUUACGCCUAUUGUAGUUUUCGAUGGAAAACCACUUGAAGCCAAAGCAAAAGAGAACUGCUGAAGACAAAGGUGAUAAACAUAUAUUAUAUAUAUAAUACAACGUGUUAACCUGGUGGCUCUGUCAUAAAUGUUGAUUUCAUGGUUUCUGUAUUCUAUAGGCAGAGACAAGAACAGUUGAUGAAAGCCACUGUAGAUGAGCAAACAAAUGAGGAGGAUAGAAACAAGAUGCUGAGCUGGUCUGUAGAAAUGAAUUACGAUGUUGUUGAGUGUGUGAAGGUACUGCAUGUAGUUUCAUUUUAUGCACGUGUUUAUGUUUGUUGUUGAGUGUGUGAAGGUACUGCAUGAAGUUUGCUUUUAUGCACAUGUUUAUGUGCUUGUCGAAGGAAAAGUAUUUUUGAAAUAAUAAAUGCCCAGUAUAUUUAUAUUAUAUAUAAAUGCCCAGUAUAUUUAUAUUAUAUAUAAAUGCCCAGUAUAUAUAAUAUUUUUAUUUGUAAAAAUGUAUGUAUUAAAGUAAAUAGAAAUCCACUUUUAUUAGUAACUUUCCAAAAAUUUACCGCAUCUAAUAUUUCGUUUCAGGUAUACCAGAGUCAAGGAGUGACAUGUAUUGUUCCCCGUAUGAAUGAUGGUUGUCCAAUACUGUCAAACGUAUACGGAUCGUAAAGAUGGUAAAACAUUGAACACAAUCCAUACAGUCCAUACGAACUGUGAAAUGACUUUACCGAUCGUACUUUUCGUGCCCAAUCUUUAACUCGGUCAAGGCAAUAAUUAAAUAAUUGAUGGCGUCGUAUACAGUUUGCCAUGUCGAAAAUAUAUUCUUGUCAGAUUGUAGAUGAUUAGAAGUGGUUUUCCCGUUGUGGAAUAACUGACGUGUGGCUGUGUCCUAAAACUGCGGACAGAACAAUAGUGGCGUUUGUGAAUGAGACUAUGUUAUAAGGCGAAAAAAAGCGUAUACCAAAGUAUUAAAUGACAAUAUUAUGUCAAUGACAAUGACAUUGUAAUGCUGGAUGAUUCUGUUUGGCACCUGCCGUCUGCCAAAAAGAUAUUUGAUAGGUAUAGCAUUCAAAUGUGCGGUAUAUAACAUCCAGUUUACACUUGGUUUUAUGCACAUUUAUCUAAUAAUUGCGUGUAAUUAUAUGAACAGACAAAUUUUAAAACGUAUGGAUGAAAAAUUUCCACGUGCGAAAAGUUUUUGCGGGCAUAAUUUUUUCUAAGGCUGCAGCUAAGGGUGGUUAUGAAUCAGGAAUUGAGGCCUGCCUUAUUACAUGCUAAAUUUCAGGGAAUAUCUGGAAUAUUUGUGUAUAAAUAUUGGCUGAUAUACAGUGUGUCUAAAAACGCAAGCCAACUUUAGCAUGAAUUUGUGUGUUAAUUAAUUACUUGCCGCCGUUUUGAAAAACAGCGGGAUUUGCAUACUGAGUUUGCAACUUCAGGAAAUGAGCAACGCUAAUCGCAUUAUUAAUUGCCGCUAUAAGAUGUCAUCAAUCCAGGUUCAGUUGCUUAAACGCAGUGUGAAAGCAAGCAAGUAAUAAGUUAAUUUUCUGUUAUGCAUAGCGUGAAUAAUUUCUGUUAGAGAAUAGCGUGAAUAAUAUAUUCAACCUAGAUUUUGUUUAUGUUCAAAGUAUGGCAUGAUAAUUCCAUAUCGAAACGUCGAAACUUAUUUGCCGUCGUUAUAGAUCCGGGCAGUAUAAAAAGUGCGGCGGCUUCAGUGGCUUAUACACGUAUACCGCCUUUCCCUAGGCCAUAGUGCGCACAUGAAUCUGGCACAAACGUUUUCACCAUAAUCACCAAGAUAUAUCUACAUAUUAUUCCAAAAACAAUCGCUGCAUUGACCCCAUUGUCUUAACUAUUUUACGGAAUUUACGCCCGUGCCUGCGUUGUGGGGUAAAGAAUAAUAUAAGACUCAUUUUAAGCUUCCACUGGUUAAGAAAAGAUGGGACAUCUUCAUAACCUGACAGCAAAAGAUGGGACAACUUUCUGACAAAAGAGUUUAUAUAGUUAAAAAAUGCCUGAAUACGAAUCUCGUUCAUACACAGGUGCAAUAGCGCGCUAAAGUUGGAUUAUCUUUUUUGAUGCACCAUGUAGAGAAUGAGCAAAUAAUAAUUAUCCGAGUCCGAUAAAAAUUGCUUGUCGAAAUCUCAUAUAUUCUCACCGCUGCACCUAAUUAAAGCAAUGUAUAAGAGAAGGUAUAUUAUAUUGAUAUAUAUAGGGUGUAUCAAAAAACCUGCUAACUAACCCAUUGAAAUACAAUGUUUUUAGAAUUUGCAGGAUUCAGAACUAUUUGAUCCCAAGCGUAUACAUAUAGUAAUUUCUAGCAACGCUGUUAAUUAAGUUAGAUGGGCAGUUCAAAUCUCAUGCAGGAGCAAAAUAAAUAGCACAUACAGGGUGAGUAAAAAAACCUGAUACCUUUGCAGCUAAUUUGAAUAACAAAGGUGUCAGUUUUUUUACUCACCCUGUACAUUGAAAUGCUAGUAAGCAGUAGAAUUAUGCAAAUUAUAUAGUGUUUGCAGGUAUUGUGAUACACCCUGUAUUGCAUGGUUUCUUAAGAACGGAGCAACAACAUAUUAUAUUGAUAUAUUGCGUGGUUUCUUAAGAACGGAGCAACAGCAUAUUAUACUGAUAAAUUGCGCUGUUUCUUUAAGAACGGAGCAACAAAAUAUAAUAUUGAUAUAUUGCGUGGUUUCUUAAGAACGGAGCAACAACAUAUUAUACUGAUAAAUUGCAUAGUUUGUUAAGAACAGAGCAACAACAUAUUAUAUUGAUAUAUUGCGUGGUUUCUUUAAGAACGGAGCAACAAUAUAUAUUACUGAUAUUGUUUGCGUGGUUUCGUAAGAAUGGAGCAACAAUAUUACUGAUAUUGAUAUAUUGCGUGUUUUUUUAAGAACGGAGCAACAACAUCAUAUUGAUACAGUAUAUGCGCGGUUUCGUAAGAACGGAGCAACAACAUAUUAUAUUGAUAAACUGCAAACAGCAUAUUAUAAUGUUUGAAGUUAUUAUAGGUUCACAAUCUGUAAAUCAUUUUCACAAACCGUACGCUUCGUACGGUCCGUAAAGCCAUUUCACAGUUCGUACGGACCAUACGGAUUUGUCGGAUCGUGAAUCGUGUUACGAGCCGUACGAACGGUAUGAUCCGUCGAACUGUUGGUAGAUCUGGGCAACAAGCAUCUGCUAUUGGAGACCACCUAUUGCGUUUACCAGUUGAUACGGAUCGUGACUCGUGUUUACCGUCCGUACGAAUUUGACGGAUCGUGAAGCUGCUUCACGAUCCGUAUCAUGUCAACAGUAUUGGACAUGUAUGGUAUGAGUCAGAUGCUCAACUUGCAUUUUUGGUGAAGCAAGGUUAUGCAGACUUUGCAAUAACAGAAGACUCAGAUCUGCUGGUGUAUGGUUGUAAGGAGGUUUGUAUAAAUUAAAGACCACAAUUUUAUGCACACAUACUUACAACAUAUAUUAAUUUACAUCAUCCUUUGGGCAGUUACUCAGACUAUUUGCCAGUAGGUCACAAAAAUAUAUCAAUUUAGAGUGGGAUUCCAUCUUAGUGGGUGUUUAUAUGGAGGUGAACAAGCCCAGGUACAUGAGCUAGUUCACUUUGCAGAUAUCUAAUGUCGCAAUGUUAUUAUACUAAUAUUAAUCUUGUAUUUAUAUGUAACCGGGCUGGUCCACACAAACUAGCCUCGGUGCCCAGGCUAUCUUGCCUCCGUAUAAACACCCCCUUACAUGCAAGUAAUUACAAGGCAGAAUCGGCAGAUGCAUAUUAAAGAGAGUUGCUUUGCAUGCAUUUUGCCCCAAUGGCAAUGCACUCUUGCCCCAAGGUGCCCUACUUUAUAUUCAGGGUCUGAAAUUUGAUUUUUUUUUAAGUAUCCACAUGGAUACCAAGGUUUUAAAAUUUGGUAUCCCUCCCGAUAAUCCAGUAUCCCAAAUCUGGAUACUUAACUAAUUGGCUUUUCGUAUCCCAGGGCCAAACCCAACGUCAUUCUAAGGCAUUCAUUUUCAUGAAUUUCAUCCUUCGCAUUUUGUAUACUAGAAUCCUAAAAGGAACUUAAUUAAUAUACAGUUAACAGGGUUAUUUAAUUAUUACAGUCUAAGUGUCAACUUCACUGAUAUUUAAUGCUAUCAGUAUGCACUCAAAUGUGAACUACGGGAACUACAAUGUCAUUAUCAUCAUCAAUUUUCAUCGGCUGUAUCAUCAUCAAGACCAUUGCCUGUAAUCUGUAUCAUCAUCAGGAGUUUUGGUGGUUUUAAUUAAAUAUUUUAACAUAAUAUCACAAGAAAUGCAUGAAUUAUUUACGAGUAUUUUUAGUUCAUGAUGGCAAGCAAAAAAAUCAUCAAAGUGAUUUUAUUAAAUAAAAAAUAAAAAAACAAAAUUUUCUUACAUGUAUGGAAUUAAAUUUGCUAAAAACUGCCUCGAAAACUGCAGUUAAAAAGCAGUUGCUGCAGUUUUAGGUCAGGAAAACAGACUAAAAUAAGCUAAGUAAUUGUGUGAAAGCUGAAAAGCACCAUAUAAACACGAAAGCGAAACAACUGAAGCAAAAAUAAAUUCUCAAUUUAUAAAAAUACAGAUUUAUUAAAAAAAAACACAAAAAAAGUUUGAAAUUAGUUGUUGAAUUUGCAACGAAAAAUACAGAUUUACUCACACAUACAGUGGGAAAAUGCAGUAGACAGAUCGAUUAGAUGAAGGAAAUCAGGUUUACAUGAAAUAAAUGAAGUUAAUUUCCUUUUUUGCUCUUUUAAAAUAAAGAAAAACACAAUCCGAGAGUUGCGGACCCAUCACUUCCCGCCAUGAAUUGAAAAUAUAAAAAAUAUUUGACCGCACACAUAAGGGGGCUGAGAAUGACACGCAAGAAUGCCUUCAAAAUCUGCCAUCUUUUGCUUCACUUUUUGAUUAUGUCACUGACUGAAGUCAGCCUCAGUUCUGUGUAUAUAGUUCACUAAUUCAACCAUGAGUGGGACAAGGAGUGGACUACAUAACGUUAUGAUUUGUGUUACAGCACUAUUUAAUGAACAAAAAUGUGGGGAUCGAGACUAGUAAAACAUUAACUGCUAUCCCGAUUUUUAAAAAAAUGUGGUAUCCCAUCGGGAUACAAGUGAAAUAAACUUAGUAUCCAAAACCAAAUUUCAGUAUCCCGUGGAUAUCGGGAUACUGCAAAUUUCAGACCCUGAUAUUGUUUUAUUCUGCAGUCUAACAGAGGUUACCGAGUUACCAGUUUAGUCAUCUAGGGAAGAGCACUGUUGCUCAAUGGGUUAAAGAAUGAGGAUGUCUGCAUGUAGUAUUAAUUCUUUAAAAUGUAGUAUUAAUUCUUUAAAAUGAUUUGGAUCCUUACUAUUUAAUUUUCAUAUUCUUGUAAAACUCAGAUUGAAUGGGGAUGGAGAGGUUUUUACGACAUCCUCGAUGGGUUAAAAGUGACAAUGGCUCAGUUUGUUGAUGGUUGUGUGGCUGCAGGAUGUGAUUAUUUAAAAAAUAUUUGCGGAGUUGGAAUCAACCAGGCAUUUUCAUUUGUGAAAGCUGGCACCCUCUUUGAUGAACUGAGGAAGAAAGGUGCUUCAAAUUACUAUGAAAGCCUCUUUAACAAAGCUGUGUCGGUGUUCAUGCACCAAACAGUUUUUAACCCUACGAAGCUACACGUGCAACCACUUAGAGCAUGGAGUGAAGAUCCAGACAAAGAGCUAUAA